UUCAGGCAUUUGGAAAUUGCUCACAAGGAUGAACCAGACUUGUGGAGGUCUACAAUUUAUUUUCUGAGGUCUUGGCUGAUUUCUUUAGAUUUUCCCAUGAUGUCAAGCAAAGAGGCGCUGAGUUUGAAGGUAGGCCUUGAAAUACAUCCACAGGUACACCUCCAAUUGACUCAAAUGAUAUCAAUUAGCCUAUCAGAAGCUUCUAAAGCCAUGACAUCAUUAUCUGGCAUUUUCCAAGCUGUUUAUAGGCACAGUCAACUUGGUUUAUGUAAACUUCUGACCCACUGGAAUUGUAAUACAGUGAAUUAUAAGUAAACAGUUGUUGGAAAAAUGACUUGUGUCAUGCACAAAGUAGAUGUCCUAACCGACUUGCGAAAACUAUAGUUUCUUAACAAGAAAUUUGUGGAGUGUUUGAAAAACGAGUUUUAAUGACUCCAACCUAAGUGUAUGUAAACUUCCGACUUCAACUGUAUGUGUGAAAUUAGAUUUGGUACUGUUUAGGUUAGGUUUUGAGGCAAUUAUUGGGGUGAUUAUCAACUGGGCCCGGCACCUUCCGCUGAAGGAGGGAGCAGGUCCUACUGUAGGGAGAAGGAGGUGAGCAGGCCCUACUGUAGGGAGAAGGAAGGGAGCAGGUCCUACUGUAGGGAGAAGGAAGGGAGCAGAUCCUACUGUAGGGAGAAGGAAGGGAGCAGGUCCUACUGUAGGGAGAAGGAGGAUGCAGGUCCUACUGUAGGGAGAAGGAGGGAGCAGGUCCUACUGUAGGGAGGAGGGAUCAGGUCCUACUGUAGGGAGAAGGAAGGGAGCAGGUCCUACUGUAGGGAGAAGGAGGAUGCAGGUACUACUGUAUGGAGAAGGAGGGAGCAGGUCCUACUGUAGGGAGAAGGAAGGGAGCAUGUCCUACUGUAGGUAGAAUGAGGGGGAGCAGACCCUACUGUAGGGAGAAGGAGGGGAGCAGGUCCUACUGUAGGGAGAAGGAGGAUGCAGGUACUACUGUAUGGAGAAGGAGGGAGCAGGUCCUACUGUAGGGAGAAGGAAGGGAGCAUGUCCUACUGUAGGUAGAAUGAGGGGGAGCAGACCCUACUGUAGGGAGAAGGAGGGGAGCAGGUCCUACUGUAGGGAGAAGGAGGGGAGCAGGCCCUACUGUAGGGAGAAGGAGGGGAGCAGGUCCUACUGUAGGGAGAAGGAAGGGAGCAGGCCCUACUGUAGGGAGAAGGAGGGUAGGAGGUCCUACUGUAGGGACAAGGAAGGGAGCAGGUCCUACUGUAGGGAGAAGGAAGGGAGUAGGCCCUACUGUAGGGAGAAGGAAGGGAGCAGGUCCUACUGUAAGGAGAAGGAGCUGAGCAGGUCAUACUGUAGGGAGAAGGAGCAGAGCAGGUCCUACUGUAGGGAGAAGGAGGGGAGCAUGCCCUACUGUAGGGAGAAGGAGGGGAGCAGGUCCUACUGUAGGGAGAAGGAAGGGAGCAGGCCCUACUGUAGGGAGAAGGAGGGUAGGAGGUCCUACUGCAAGGAGAAGGAGCUGAGCAGGUCAUACUGUAGGGAGAAGGAGCAGAGCAGGUCCUACUGUAGGGAGAAGGAGGGGAGCAUGCCCUACUGUAGGGAGAAGGAGGGGAGCAGGUCCUACUGUAGGGAGAAGGAAGGGAGCAGGCCCUACUGUAGGGAGAAGGAGGGUAGGAGGUCCUACUGUAGGGAGAAGGAAGGGUGCAGGUCCUACUGUAGGGAGAAGGAAGGGAGUAGGCCCUACUGUAGGGAGAAGGAAGGGAGCGGGUCCUACUGUAGGGAGAAGGAAGGGAGCAGGUCCUACUGUAUGGAGAAGGAAGGGAGCAGGUCCUACUGUAGGGAGAAGGAAGGAGCAGGUCCUACCUUAUGGAGAAGGAAGGGAGCAGGUCCUACUGUAGGGAGGAGGGAUCAGGUCCUACUGUAGGGAGAAGGAGGGAGCAGGUCCUACUGUAGGGAGAAGGAGUGAGCAGGUCCUACUGUAGGGAGAAGGAAGGGAGCAGGUCCUACUGUAGGGAGAAGGAGGGAGCAGAUCCUACUGUAGGGAGAAGGAUUUGAGCAGGCCCUACUGUAGGGAGAAGGGGGGAGCAGGUCCUACUGUAGGGAGAAGGUAGGGAGCAGGUCCUACUGUUUGGAGAAGGAAGGGAGCAGGUCCUACUGUAGGGAGAAGGAGGAAGCAGGUCCUACUGUAGGGAGAAGGAGGGAGCAGGUCCUACUGUAGGGAGAAGGAAGGGAACAGGUCCUACUGUAGGUAGAAGGAGGGGGUGCAGACCCUACUGUAGGGAGAAGGAAGGGAGCAGGUCCUUCUGUAUGGAGAAGGAAGAGAGCAGAUCCUACUGUAGGGAGAAGGAAGGGAGAAGCAGGGGAGCAGGCCCUACUAUAGUGAGACGGAAGGGAGCAGGUCCUACUGUAGGGAGAAGGAGGGAGCAGGUCAUACUGUAGGGAGAAGGAGGGAGCAGGUCCUACUGUAGGGAGAAGGAAGGAGCAGGUCCUACCUUAUGGAGAAGGAAGGGAACAGGUCCUACUGUAGGGAGAAGGAGGGAUCAGGUCCUACUGUAGGGAGAAGGAGGGAGCAGGUCCUACUAUAGGGAGAAGGAGUGAGCAGGUCCUACUGUAGGGAGAAGGAAGGGAGCAGGUCCUACUGUAGGGAGAAGGAGGGAGUAGGUCCUACUGUAGGGAGAAGGAGGGAACAGAUCCUACUGUAGGGAGAAGGAUUUGAGCAGGCCCUACUGUAGGGAGAAGGGGGGAGCAGAUCCUACUGUAGGGAGAAGGAAGGGAGCAGAUCCUACUGUAGGGAGAAGGAGGGAGCAGGUCCUACUGUAGGGAGAAGGAAGGGUGCAGACCCUACUGUAGGGAGAAGGAAGGGAGCAGGUCCUUCUGUAGGGAGAAGGAAGAGAGCAGAUCCUACUGUAGGGAGAAGGAAGGGAGAAGGAGGGGAGCAGGCCCUACUAUAGUGAGAAGGAAGGGAGAAGGAGGGAGCAGGUCCUACUGUAGGUAGAAUGAGGGGGAGCAGACCCUACUGUAGGGAGAAGGAGGGGAGCAGGUCCUACUGUAGGGAGAAGGAGGGGAGCAGGCCCUACUGUAGGGAGAAGGAGGGGAGCAGGUCCUACUGUAGGGAGAAGGAAGGGAGCAGGCCCUACUGUAGGGAGAAGGAGGAUGCAGGUCCUACUGUAGGGAGAAGGAAGGGAGCAUGUCCUACUGUAGGUAGAAUGAGGGGGAGCAGACCCUACUGUAGGGAGAAGGAGGGGAGCAGGUCCUACUGUAGGGAGAAGGAGGGGAGCAGGUCAUACUGUAGGGAGAAGGAGCAGAGCAGGUCCUACUGUAGGGAGAAGGAGGGGAGCAGCCCUACUGUAGGGAGAAGGAGGGGAGCAGGUCCUACUGUAGGGAGAAGGAAGGGAGCAGGCCCUACUGUAGGGAGAAGGAGGGUAGGAGGUCCUACUGUAGGGAGAAGGAAGGGAGCAGGUCCUACUGUAGGGAGAAGGAAGGGAGUAGGCCCUACUGUAGGGAGAAGGAAGGGAGCGGGUCAUACUGUAGGGAGAAGGAGCAGAGCAGGUCCUACUGUAGGGAGAAGGAGGGGAGCAGCCCUACUGUAGGGAGAAGGAGGGGAGCAGGUCCUACUGUAGGGAGAAGGAAGGGAGCAGGCCCUACUGUAGGGAGAAGGAGGGGAGCAGGUCAUACUGUAGGGAGAAGGAGCAGAGCAGGUCCUACUGUAGGGAGAAGGAGGGGAGCAGCCCUACUGUAGGGAGAAGGAGGGGAGCAGGUCCUACUGUAGGGAGAAGGAAGGGAGCAGGCCCUACUGUAGGGAGAAGGAGGGUAGGAGGUCCUACUGUAGGGAGAAGGAGGGAGCAGGUCCUACUGUAGGGAGAAGGAAGGGAGCAGGUCCUACUGUAGGGAGAAGGAGGAUGCAGGUACUACUGUAUGGAGAAGGAGGGAGCAGGUCCUACUGUAGGGAGAAGGAAGGGAGCAUGUCCUACUGUAGGUAGAAUGAGGGGGAGCAGACCCUACUGUAGGGAGAAGGAGGGGAGCAGGUCCUACUGUAGGGAGAAGGAGGGGAGCAGGUCAUACUGUAGGGAGAAGGAGCGGAGCAGGUCCUACUGUAGGGAGAAGGAGGGGAGCAGGCCCUACUGUAGGGAGAAGGAGGGGAGCAGGACCUACUGUAGGGAGAAGGAGGGUAGGAGGUCCUACUGAAGGGAGAAGGAAGGGAGCAGGUCCUACUGUAUGGAGAAGGAAGGGAGCAGGUCCUACUGUAGGGAGAAGGAGGGAUCAGGUCCUACUGUAGGGAGAAGGAGGAUGCAGGUCCUACUGUAGGGAGAAGGAGGGAGCAGGUCCUACUGUAGGGAGAAGGAGGGAGCAGGUCCUACUGUAGGGAGGAGGGAUCAGGUCCUACUGUAGGGAGAAGGAAGGGAGCAGGUCCUACUGUAGGGAGGAGGGAUCAGGUCCUACUGUAGGGAGAAGGAGGGAGCAGGUCCUACUGUAGGGAGAAGGAGUGAGCAGGUCCUACUGUAGGGAGAAGGAAGGGAGCAGGUCCUACUGUAGGGAGAAGGAGGGAGCAGAUCCUACUGUAGGGAGAAGGAUUUGAGCAGGCCCUACUGUAGGGAGAAGGGGGGAGCAGGUCCUACUGUAGGGAAAAGGUAGGGAGCAGGUCCUACUGUUUGGAGAAGGAAGGGAGCAGGUCCUACUGUAGGGAGAAGGAGGGAGCAGGUCCUACUGUAGGGAGAAGGAAGGGAACAGGUCCUACUGUAGGUAGAAGGAGGGGGUGCAGACCCUACUGUAGGGAGAAGGAAGGGAGCAGGUCCUUCUGUAUGGAGAAGGAAGAGAGCAGAUCCUACUGUAGGGAGAAGGAAGGGAGAAGGAGGGGAGCAGGCCCUACUAUAGUGAGACGGAAGGGAGCAGGUCCUACUGUAGGGAGAAGGAGGGAGCAGGUCAUACUGUAGGGAGAAGGAGGGAGCAGGUCCUACUGUAGGGAGAAGGAAGGAGCAGGUCCUACCUUAUGGAGAAGGAAGGGAACAGGUCCUACUGUAGGGAGAAGGAAGGGAGCAGGUCCUACUGUAGGGAGGAGGGAUCAGGUCCUACUGUAGGGAGAAGGAGGGAGCAGGUCCUACUGUAGGGAGAAGGAGUGAGCAGGUCCUACUGUAGGGAGAAGGAAGGGAGCAGGUCCUACUGUAGGGAGAAGGAGGGAGCAGAUCCUACUGUAGGGAGAAGGAUUUGAGCAGGCCCUACUGUAGGGAGAAGGGGGGAGCAGGUCCUACUGUAGGGAGAAGGUAGGGAGCAGGUCCUACUGUUUGGAGAAGGAAGGGAGCAGGUCCUACUGUAGGGAGAAGGAGGAAGCAGGUCCUACUGUAGGGAGAAGGAGGGAGCAGGUCCUACUGUAGGGAGAAGGAGUGAGCAGGUCCUACUGUAGGGAGAAGGAAGGGAGCAGGUCCUACUGUAGGGAGGAGGGAUCAGGUCCUACUGUAGGGAGAAGGAGGGAGCAGGUCCUACUGUAGGGAGAAGGAGUGAGCAGGUCCUACUGUAGGGAGAAGGAAGGGAGCAGGUCCUACUGUAGGGAGGAGGGAUCAGGUCCUACUGUAGGGAGAAGGAGGGAGCAGGUCCUACUGUAGGGAGAAGGAGUGAGCAGGUCCUACUGUAGGGAGAAGGAAGGGAGCAGGUCCUACUGUAGGGAGAAGGAGGGAGCAGAUCCUACUGUAGGGAGAAGGAUUUGAGCAGGCCCUACUGUAGGGAGAAGGGGGGAGCAGAUCCUACUGUAGGGAGAAGGAAGGGAGCAGAUCCUACUGUAGGGAGAAGGAGGGAGCAGGUCCUACUGUAGGGAGAAGGAAGGGUGCAGACCCUACUGUAGGGAGAAGGAAGGGAGCAGGUCCUUCUGUAGGGAGAAGGAAGAGAGCAGAUCCUACUGUAGGGAGAAGGAAGGGAGAAGGAGGGGAGCAGGCCCUACUAUAGUGAGAAGGAAGGGAGAAGGAGGGAGCAGGUCCUACUGUAGGUAGAAUGAGGGGGAGCAGACCCUACUGUAGGGAGAAGGAGGGGAGCAGGUCCUACUGUAGGGAGAAGGAGGGGAGCAGGCCCUACUGUAGGGAGAAGGAGGGGAGCAGGUCCUACUGUAGGGAGAAGGAAGGGAGCAGGCCCUACUGUAGGGAGAAGGAGGAUGCAGGUCCUACUGUAGGGAGAAGGAAGGGAGCAUGUCCUACUGUAGGUAGAAUGAGGGGGAGCAGACCCUACUGUAGGGAGAAGGAGGGGAGCAGGUCCUACUGUAGGGAGAAGGAGGGGAGCAGGUCAUACUGUAGUGAGAAGGAGCAGAGCAGGUCCUACUGUAGGGAGAAGGAGGGGAGCAGCCCUACUGUAGGGAGAAGGAGGGGAGCAGGUCCUACUGUAGGGAGAAGGAAGGGAGCAGGCCCUACUGUAGGGAGAAGGAGGGUAGGAGGUCCUACUGUAGGGAGAAGGAAGGGAGCAGGUCCUACUGUAGGGAGAAGGAAGGGAGCGGGUCCUUCUGUAGGGAGAAGGAAGGGAGCAGGUCCUACUGUAUGGAGAAGGAAGGGAGCAGGUCCUACUGUAGGGAGAAGGAAGGAGCAGGUCCUACCUUAUGGAGAAGGAAGGGAGCAGGUCCUACUGUAGGGAGAAGGAGGGAUCAGGUCCUACUGUAGGGAGAAGGAGGGAGCAGGUCCUACUGUAGGGAGAAGGAGUGAGCAGGUCCUACUGUAGGGAGAAGGAAGGGAGCAGGUCCUACUGUAGGGAUAAAGAGGGAGUAGGUCCUACUGUAGGGAGAAGUAGGGAGCAGAUCCUACUGUAGGGAGAAGGAUUUGAGCAGGCCCUACUGUAGGGAGAAGGGGGGAGCAGGUCCUACUGUAGGGAGAAGGAAGGGAGCAGGUCCUACUGUAGGGAGAAGGAAGGGAGCAGGUCCUACUGUAUGGAGAAGGAAGGGAGCAGGUCCUACUUUAUGGAGAAGGAAGGGAGCAGGUCCUACUGUAGGGAGAAGGAGGGGAGCAGGUCCCACUGUAGGGAGAAAGAGCACAGCAGGCCCUACUGUCGGGAGAAGGGGUGGUAGUGUGGGGGUGGUGGGAGUAGAGGGGUGUGGAUGAAUCACCAAAUGUACUGCAGUUAGUGCUAAACACGGCUGCUAGAAUCUUGACUAGAACCAACACAUUUGAUCAUAUUACUCCAGUGCUAGCCUCUCUACACUGGCUUCCUGUUCAAGCUAGGGCUGAUUUCAAAGCUUUACUGCUAACCUACAAAGCAUUACAUCUUUCUGAUUUGGUCCUGCCGUACAUUACAUUACAUUUAAGUCAUUUAGCAGACGCUCUUAUCCAGAGCGACUUACAAAUUGGUGCAUUCACCUUAUGACAUCCAGUGGAACAGCCACUUUACAAUAGUGCAUCUAAAUCUUUUAAGGGGGGGGGGGUGAGAAGGAUUACUUUAUCCUAUCCUGGGUAUUCCUUAAAGAGGUGGGGAUUCAGGUGUCUCCGGAAGGUGGUGAUUGACUCCGCUGUCCUGGCGUCGUGAGGGAGUUUGUUCCACCAUUGGGGGGCCAGAGCAGCGAACAGUUUUGACUGGGCUGAGCGGGAACUGUACUUCCUCAGUGGUAGGGAGGCGAGCAGGCCAGAGGUGGAUGAACGCAGUGCCCUUGUUUGGGUGUAGGGCCUGAUCAGAGCCUGGAGGUACUGAGGUGCCGUUCCCCUCACAGCUCCGUAGGCAAGCACCAUGGUCUUGUAGCGGAUGCGAGCUUCAACUGGAAGCCAGUGGAGAGAGCGGAGGAGCGGGGUGACGUGAGAGAACUUGGGAAGGUUGAACACCAGACGGGCUGCGGCGUUCUGGAUGAGUUGUAGGGGUUUAAUGGCAC